AUUUCAGUUGCUAACUGAACAGGCAAGGAAAACCAAAAUGUCCUCUCUACUGCAGGAUAAGCUGUAUGAACUUUACAUGCAAGCGCCUUCCCCUAGCAAAGACUUUCAUCACUUGACGGUUACAAAAAAUGAGGUUAUCUGGAAAUCAUGGAGAAUCUCUUUUCGACCUAAUCAAGAAAGGAAUUGCCCAAGAGAAAUAAAGAAACUCCAUAAAGAUUUUGUCAUGGAUGAUCAAUUACACAAACAACUACGAAGUAUCUUCGGAAAGAAAAUGCUAGAUUAUGUUCUCAACUUGUGUCAAGGACAUUAUGAUUUCCUUGUUCGAAUGCCUGAGAGUUUGAUUAUAUACAUCUUGUCAUUUCUCAGUGUGGAGGAUAUUGGACAAUUGUCAAAAACAUGUAAAAAGUUUCGCCAGUUGUGCAACACAGAAGAAUUUUGGGAAACAAUAAAACAAUUGCAAGAUAAAUAUACUCUUGAUGCAAAAAUGAUCAAGUUCCCAGCUCAUAAGAGGUCAGUGAAUUUCAGCCAAAGACAAGGCUUCCUGACGCAGAUGCAGAGGAGACAAACUACAUUUUUUUAAAAAGGGGUACAAAUUGAUGGCUACAAGCUGGGGUCCCCCAAGCAGUCAUGGGAGGAGAGAAAUAAUUUGGACUACCCUCCAUGUGCCUCCAAACUUUCUCAAUUACGACAUGCUAUUUGUGGAACUUUCUCCCUGUAGCUGUUCACUAAGUGUUUUCACUUCUUGUUUUUAUGCCUGGUCUGCAUAUUGAUUUUCUCAUGUUCUAUUUGUUGCUUUCAUGAUAUUACUGUCAUUGGGUUUUUUUAUUGCUUUAAUUUUGGCUGUAACUUUUUAUUAUUAGUUUACACCGUUGAUUUUAUUUUGUUGGUUCAGUUCUUCCUGAACUUUAAAAAAAUUAUGCUUCAUGAACUAAAACGGGUGGGGGGGAUGCUUCAAAUAAAUAAAUAGACCAG